CCCCGAUAUGGUACCCAAUCAGCAAAAUCCGCAAAGCUACCUUACUGUCUGCGCUCUAUCGUCAGUGACCUGCAGCGCCUACUGUCUGAACAUGCAAAGUGUUCAGCACGCCCGGCUGAAUCUUCUUCCUAUCAGCAGGACGACUGUGGAAGCGACUCUUCUAGAGUGCCACCUACCACAGACAAUACUUCAAGAUGUUCAAGUCCGAACCGGCUCUUGCGAAUGCCGAGUUUUGUGUCGCUGUUGCCUGAGCAAGGAAACCCAACGCAGGGUGACGACAGCGAAGCUGGAAGUUCGCAAGAUGGCUCGAGAUGGAGCAUCGCCUCAAUCAGCUCGAGAAUGUCCAGCUUCGUACAAGUGGUAAAACCUGUUCCCAGACGCGAGCCACGUCAAAGCUCAAGGGAUGGCCAGCCACUUGGAAGAUUUUCUAGUGACGAAGGCAACAACGAAGAUGCCAUCUCAGAGCUGCACAGCAGUCGCUCAGGAGCCGUUCCGUCGUCUGGUCGAGUUGAGGAUGCCGGUGUCUCACGCCAGCGUCGGAGCCGUGCUCCUCGUGACCGACCUCCUGCUGACGAUGAGGAUAUCAUGGACCAGGACGCCGCUUCUGAGCUGCACAGCAGUCGCUCAGGAGCCGUUCCGUCGUCUGGUCGAGUUGAGGAUGCCGGUGUCUCACGCCAGCGUCGGAGCCGUGCUCCUCGUGACCGAUCUCCUGCUGACGAUGAGGAUAUCAUGGACCAGGACGCUGCUUCUGAGCUGCACAGCAGUCGCUCAGGAGCCGUUCCGUCGUCUGGUCGAGUUGAGGAUGCCGGUGUCUCACGCCAGCGUCGGAGCCGUGCUCCUCGUGACCGAUCUCCUGCUGACGAUGAGGAUAUCAUGGACCAGGAUGCCGCUUCUGAGCUGCACAGCAGUCGCUCAGGAGCCGCUCCGUCGUCUGGUCGAGUUGAGGAUGCCGGUGUCUCACGCCGGCGUCGGAGCCGUGCUCCUCGUGACCGAUCUCCUGCUGACGAUGAGGAUAUCAUUGACCAGGACGCCGCUUCUGAGCUGCACAGCAGUCGCUCAGGAGCCGUUCCGUCGUCUGGUCGAGUUAAGGAUGCCGGUGUCUCACGCCAGCGUCGGAGCCGUGCUCCUCGUGACCGAUCUCCUGCUGACGAUGAGGAUAUCAUGGACCAGGACGCCGCUUCUGAGCUGCACAGCAGUCGCUCAGGAGCCGCUCCGUCGUCUGGUCGAGUUGAGGAUGCCGGUGUCUCACGCCGGCGUCGGAGCCGUGCUCCUCGUGACCGAUCUCCUGCUGACGAUGAGGAUAUCAUGGACCAGGACGCCGCUUCUGAGCUGCACAGCAGUCGCUCAGGAGCCGCUCCGUCGUCUGGUCGAGUUGAGGAUGCCGGUGUCUCACGCCGGCGUCGGAGCCGUGCUCCUCGUGACCGAUCUCCUGCUGACGAUGAGGAUAUCAUGGACCAGGACGCCGCUUCUGAGCUGCAAGGCAGUCGCUCAGGAGCCGUUCCGUCGUCUGGUCGAGUUAAGGAUGCCGGUGUCUCACGCCAGCGUCGGAGCCGUGCUCCUCGUGACCGAUCUCCUGCUGACGAUGAGGAUAUCAUGGACCAGGACGCCGCUUCUGAGCUGCACAGCAGUCGCUCAGGAGCCGUUCCGUCGUCUGGUCGAGUUGAGGAUACCGGUGUCUCACGCCAGCGUCGGAGCCGUGCUCCUCGUGACCGACCUCCUGCUGACGAUGAGGAUAUCAUGGACCAGGACGCCGCUUCUGAUGAUGACAGUGUGGCAGACCCUACAUUCCACCCAGACGGCGCGACGGACGACGACAGCAGUGGGGACUUGGAGGUUUCCAACGAAGACCCCUUCGAAAGCGCAGCGUCUGAUGCCGAUGGGAGUCAAACCACCUCAUCCAUCCCUGCUGCUCAUGCCUCGUCUGAGGCUGACCAUGUAUCUGUGGAACAUUGGAAAACGACGCGGAAACAAAAUGCUUGUCCUUUCUGUUUCAAACGUCAGACAAAGUUUACCCGGCACCUCUUGCGACGGCACAAACACGAACGAGAGGUGAAACACGGGCGCUUGCUUCUGCCAGGGAAAGAGAGACGUGCGUACUUUGAGAAGCUGGCACACAAGGGCAAUUUUGCCUACAACUCUGAUGUCAUUCGACGAGGUCGUGGCACGUUGAUACCGGCGAGGAGGCCUGAAAAAGGAACGACAGUCAGUGACAAAGACAUGCUGCCAUGCGGCAAAUGUUUGGGUCUAUUUAGCCGCAAAAACUUGUACCGCCACAGAUGUUACAACCAAGACAGUACCGAGCCUUACACAAGAGUGCAGGCCCAGAGUAGGGGUCUGUUCCCACCCACGCAGGGCGGGGGAGCCGCGUUGAGGCUGGUACUCGACAAAAUGAGGGACGAUGAAGUUGGUGAUAUCGUGAAAACUGAUGAAAUGAUUCUCAAACUGGGAGAACGGCUCUACGUCAGUAUGGGCCAUCUGCCGCACCAACACGCACACAUCCGCAACAAGCUGCGGGAGCUUGGACGUCUCGUGCUCGAGCUGAGGCGAGCAGUUGGCGACCCGAACGCGACUCUCCGGGAGUAUUUACAGCCCGGUAAAUUCAAGGACAUUGUAGAGGCAACACGAUGUGUAGCUGGUUUCCGAGAUGGAGAAGUUCAGACGCCAUCAGUGGCAUUAAAGAUAGGAUUUUCUCUUUCCGAGUGUGCUGGCAUUCUGAAGUCUGAGUCAAUCAUGAACGAGGAGGAGGAUGGUGUAACGGCUGCCGACCGAUUCUUGGAGCUGUACCGCCGGGAGUGGAAAAUCAUGGUGUCAUCCCGCGCUCUGGGCACGCUGGCAGAAAGGAAAUGGAACGCUCCCUCAAAUCUCCCCGUUCAGGAGGAUGUCCAAAGAGUGUCUGGUGUCUUGGAAGACGAGCUCAAAAAGGCAAGUGCGCAGUUGCAGGAAGCGCCAACCAUUCAGAGCUACGUGAACCUCGCCCGAGCGACGUUGGCCACUGUGAUGCUGUUUAACAGACGGAGACCGGGGGAAACCGCGAGAUUGACCACAGCAACGUUCGCGAAGCGUAGUCGUUCAGUGAACGAAGAAAUAACCGAGCACUUGUCCAAGCUUGAGCAGGAACUUUGCCGGGAGCUGACGCAUGUCACCGUCAGGGGCAAGCGUGGAAUCGGCGUACCCAUGCUCCUGACUGCAAAGAUGGUCGAGACCAUGGAACUGCUUGUCGCCAGCAGAUCUCGUGCAGGUAUAUCAAGUGACAACCCCUAUCUGUUUACAAGUGGUGUGGAAGGAGAUGCUGCCCCGCUGCGUGGGAGCGAUUGUGUGCGGCUGUUCGCGAAGAAGGCUGGUGCGACGAACAUCUCUGCGACAUCGUACCGUAAGCACGCUGCAACUAUGCUGCAACUGUUACAGCUAAGUGACACUGAACUUGAUGUCGUGGCUCGCUUUAUGGGCCACGACAUUCGGGUGCAUCGGUCUUAUUAUAGGCUACCCGAGCGGACAGUAUAUGCGGCUAAAGUGAGCAAAAUCCUCAUCGCAAUGGAAACAGGCAUGGGAGAAUUCGCCGGACAGAAACUGAACGAUCUUGACCCAGUGAACAUGAGCUGCGGGGAUCGGGGAUCUGAUGAAGACGCUGCUCUUGGUGAAGAAGCGGAAGAUGUUGAAGGACAAGAGACAGAGACACAAAGCGGACAGGAGACACAAAGAGGAGACACAAAGCGGACAGGAGACACAAACGGACAGGAGACAGAGAGCACAAAGCGCGUGGGAAAGAAACGGAAGGACAGCGAGAGCACGGAAGCUCCAGCUCGUAUUUACAGGCCGACCCAGAAGAAGCCGGUUAAGAGAACCGGAUGGACACCAGAAGAAAGGGAAGCCGUUGCCUUCUGGAUGAAAGACAACAUACGUGAUUUAAAAUGCCCGACGAUGUCCCAGUGUGUUGAGGUUCUGAAAAAAGAGUCCCGGCUUCACCGACGAUCAUGGAAAGAUUUAAAAUUUUGCACAUACAACAUGAUUCAAACUCACAAGCGACGCCUCCUUCGCAAAUGAUCUGUUACCUUGCUCGACACAUUGCCCGAAAAGACGGUAAAUAACUUUUGAAAAUACCCAUCUCCAAUUUUAGUGUUUUCUGGACCAAAGUUUUGCGAGGAAUCCGAUGGUGUGGUCAUCGAAAUCUCAAAAACUGUAUUUUGGAGAUAGCACCUAUUUUUAGGAAAAAUUGUCAUGCCAUAAUAUAAGACAAAUAAAUUGAAUAAAUUAAUAAAUAUAAAAUGUUAUUAGUUAAUUUUUGUAACGACACUAAAAUGUGUCGAACAUGAAUUAGUGAUAUAUUUUAGCUGAAAUACUAGAUCCGCGCACACAUGUACAUGAACUAGUACAGUAACCCUCGCCGGCCGAGAAGGUGUUGGGCGGGUGCCACCUCAUGGGGCUUUUCGCGAUAGCUCAAAACACACCGGGGUAGACAGCUGAUACUUUGCAUACCUAACCUUUGAUUUAAGCUGGUUCUUGUGACACCAACCGCAUUUUCAGGUCAGGUCAGGUCACUAACCUAUGACGUCAUAAGUGAACCUCUGCACGGUCCUCAGAUGUUGCAACUUCACAACGCCCUCAGUGCCAGAGGAACUUUCAUAGGAAGAUGAAACUUACAGGACGUAAUAUCCUCCAUAGGUCUCACAACUUGCAUAUCUCUGAUUUUUACCAAAGGUUACAUGGCGUCAGGUCGGUCAUGUGACCUCACCAUUGUAAGUCAAUGGGGGAAAUAUAAAAACUGUUAUUUUGGCGCCGGAAAUGAUCUAAAACUAUCCCAAGCACAUGGAAUUGUGGUUUCAUGCACGGUUUCAUGCACUCCUUGCAAGGUCCGAUCAUGAAACCACGAUCCAUGUGCUUGGGAUAGUUCUAGAUCAUUUCCGGCGCCAAAAUAACGUUUUUCAUAUUUCCCCAUUGCCUUAUAAAUGGUGAGGUCACGUGACCGACCUGACCUCAUGUGACAUAUGGGUAAAAUCCGAGAUAUACAAGUUGUGAGACCUAUGGAGGAUACUACGUCCUGUAAGUUUCAUCUCCCUGUGAAAGUUCCUCUGGCACUGAGGGCGUGGCAAAGUUGCAACAUCUGAGAACCGUGCAGAAGUUCAAUUAUGACGUCAUAGGUUAGUGACCUGACCUGACCUGAAAAUGCGGUUGGUGUCACAAGAUUCAGCUUAAACCAAAGGUUAGGUAUGCCAAGCUUCAGCUGUCUACCCCCGGCGUGUUUUGAGUUAUCGCGAAAAACCCUAUGAGGCGACACCCGCCCAACUCCUUCUCGGCCGGGGAAGGUGAUUUCGAUGACCACCCCAUCGGAUUCCUCGCAAAAUUUUGGUCCAGAAAACACUUAAAUCGGAGAUGGGUAUUUUCAAAUGUUAUUUAUCGUCUUUUGGGGCAAUGUGUCGAGCUAGGACCCACAACACCCCGUGUUGUAUCCCGUACUAGCCGUGAGCUUCUGGUAGAGCAGCUAUCAGCCCGGUUCUCAGGGUAACCUGUGUGGUGCGGGAUCAUCGUGUAUUAUAUGUGAGCGUACAUUUGCUCACGUUUGUUUGUACGUUUCUAUGUUCGUUCAAUGCUAACGAGCGAAGGUUAUGCUGCGCACGGAGACCCCCAACCAGUGGUGAUUGUAGUUGUGCUGGUACCCCGUGCUGUACCGUGUUGUACCUCGCAUUAUCUGUGAGUGUCUGGUUCUGUGACAUUUAUCUGUGACAUUCAGCGUUCAUUAUCUGUGACAUUCCGGUCACCUGCUUCUCGGGUCGAUCCAUGAGUCGUCCGUGAGUAGUCCUCACGGAUCCGGCGAUCCGUGAGUAGUCCUUUUCUUGUGUUGCACCGUGCCUUAUAUGUGAGCGUACGCUUGUUAAAAGUACAUGUGUUGCUCACUCAAGGAACAAACUGUGUAAUACAUGUGUUCUUCUGCA